AUGCAAGCUCUAGGCUUGCAAAAGAACAAUGGUUUCCCUAAAGAUCUCCAGCACCCCACUGACUGCCGCCAAUACGCUUACUACACGCUCAGACGAAAGCUGAGGGAGGUCUUGCAAGUGAACCCAAAAGCCAGGUUUCUAUUGACCGGGCAUAGCUCGGGUGGGGCAAUUGCAAUACUGUUUGCUGCUGUGCUAGUGUUGCACGAGUAUGUUUACAAUAAUGACCUCGUGCCUAGGAUUCCCUACGAUGACAGCAUCUUCUUGUUCAAGCAUUUUGGAACCAGCAUCUUUUUGAACAGCCACUAUGAAGGGAAGGUUUUGGCAGAGGAACCUGAUAAGAAUUUCUACCUUUGGCUAUGGACGUUUCCAAAGAUGAUGGAUUCAGUUCGGGAGUUUAUUAGGAGUUUCAUUCUGCCUUACAAAAAGGGUCCAGAAUACAAGGAAACCUGGCUUAUGACACUUGUGAGGAUAAUAGGAUUUGCAUUACCUGGAACGUCAAAUCAUAUGUCCACAGAUUAUGUCAAUUCCAACCGAUUGGGAACCUUGCCCCUGGACCAACUUAAAAGAGACUGA